GCAGUUGUGUUCCGUUUCUGCCGUAAAGCAGGAAGUGGCGACGCAAAGCCCUUAAGCAGGGGCUGGCUGGCUGUAGAGCAGAGCCGCCCGAAACGGAAAAACAGGAACAGUCGAGCACGAUUACGUUUCUUCAGCGUAACUAUGUCCCGUUAGAUCGACCGGCGCGUCGAAACACAUGUUCGUUUUAAAUUGGCAAACGACGUCGGCAUGAGGUGGACGCGAGUGAUCGCCAAAGAAGCGUAGCGUCUGCAGUUUGACAUGCCUUCAUCAGAGUGGGCGAGCUAACAGAGUUAGCUAGCCGCGGCGGAUAUGCUAGCAGUGCCGUAACUUCCAACGCCACCAUCGGAGCGCUCCUCCGCCGCCGCCGCGCCACUCCGCGCAGCCGUUAGCCCGCCGACGCUCAAAAAAAGCGGCACCGUUUCUGUUGAAUUGACGCAAACUUCGUCCGUACGGCGACGCAGCCGCAGCCGCAGCGCGUACGGAACAGGCGCCUUUACGUGUAUCUCUCGCCGGCUAACGUGAACUCGGAGUGUUGCGCCGCGCUGAGUACGGGCGGUGUUAGCGAGCUAGCUGGCUGCGUCCGGACUGCCGUCGACGCGAGGCGAGGCGAGCGGACCAUGAAACCCCGGUGCUGUCACGUCAGCCUGCGACCCGUCCCCUAGCUCCUGAGGCGGCUAGCCAGCUAGCUACGCGUUGCCCCGCUACUCGCAUCGGCAGGACAUUAAAUCGUUCGGGGGGGGCACCGCGCCCGAGCUGAGCAUGGCAUCAGAAGAAUCCUCAUUACGUGCACUGGAGAGCCUCAUGACAGAGUUUUUCCACAGCUGCACAACCAAUGAGCGAAAGCGAGAGAUAGAAGAGCUGCUGAAUAACUUUGCACAGCAGACUGGAGCAUGGCGGCACUGCUUGUUCUUCCUCUCCAAUACGCGUAAUGAGUACGUCAUGAUGUACAGCCUUACAGUGUUUGAGAACCUAGUGAAUAAAUUGUGGCUGGGCGUGGCCUCACAAGACAAGAUGGAGAUCCGCAGUUGCCUGCCUAAGCUUCUACUUGGCCAGCACAAAAGCAUACCCUACUUCAUACGCAACAAACUCUGCAAAGUCAUAGUGGACAUUGGCCGUCAGGAUUGGCCAAUGUUACAUGAUUUCUUCACAAACACCCUGCAGUUGAUCCAGUCCCCAGCCCUAGCUUCUUUAGGACUGGUUUUGUUAAAAACCACAUCAGAGGAGCUAGCUUGCCCACGAGAAGACUUGAGUGUUGCAAGGAAAGAAGAGUUACGGAAGCUGCUGCUGGAGCAGGUGCCCACAGUACUUGCACUUCUGACGGGCAUCCUGGAGAUGUACUGGGACAAGCACAAUGUCAUAGCCUCCACCCCACCUCCUUCACCCACCUCAGGAGAAAGUGUGGAAUUGCUGGGCAAUCUAUUUCAGGGCAGCCAGUACUCAAAGCUCCUUUGCCAGCCCAUGGCAGUAUUGGACAAUGAAAGUCAACAACUAUGUUGUCUCGUCUUGGAGUGUUUGACCCACUUAUUUAGCUGGAUCCCGCUUUCAACAAGCAUCACCCCUACCCUACUAGCAUCUAUUUUCCAUUUCGCUCGUUUUGGUUGUGACCUUCGGACAAAAGCCAAAACUAGCUCCUUCAUCUCCUGCUCCACCUCAUCUAAUGGCCAGCUCAACGUUGGGACAAUGGCACCAACAUCAAAUGGAGAAGGGCGGAACUUACAACAAAGUAGCGAUGGGAAUAAGGUGGAGCGGGCUCGUCUUGGUGUGCUGGCCAUGACCUGUGUCAAUGAACUGGUGUCAAAGAACUGUGUGCCAUUAGACUUUGAGGAAUAUUUGCUGCGCAUGUUCCAGCAGACCUUCUUUCUCCUGCAGAGGCUAACACGAGAGAAUAACGCCCAAACUAUCAAGAGUCGAUUACAGGACCUUGAUGAAAGUUACUUGGAAAAGUUCACAGAUUUUCUGCGCCUGUUUGUCAGUGUUCACCUGAGGCGGAUUGAGUCGAGUCCUCAGUUCCCUAUUGUCGAGUUUCUUGCUCUUCUUUUCAAGUACACUUUCAACCAGCCGAACCAUGAAGGCUACUUUGCCUGUUUGGAUAUAUGGAGUAUUUUCUUGGAUUUUCUAACAACCAGAAUCAAAAGCAGACUGGCUGAUAGAGAAAGUGUUCUGAACAGGUACAAGGAUGCCUUAGUGCUUCUGUUAAGAGAGGUUCUGAACCGAAUCCAGUUCCGAUACAAUCAGGCCCAGUUAGAGGAGCUGGAUGACGAGGCUCUGGAUGAUGAUCAACAGACGGAAUGGCAAAGGUAUCUGCGUCAGAGUCUGGAGGUAGUUGCCAAGGUGAUGGAGCUGCUCCCAUCCCAUGCAUUCACUACCUUGUAUCCAGUUCUUCAGGAAAAUUUGGAUGUUUACCUGGGUUUGCAGCAGUUUAUUGUCACAACUGGUACAGGUCGAAGGCUUAAUAUUACUGCAGAGAAUGACUGCCGUAGGCUGCACUGUUCUCUGAGAGACCUCAGCUCUCUACUUCAGGCAGUAGGACGCUUGGCUGAGUAUUUCAUAGGGGAUGUUUUUGCUGCUCGUUUCAGUGAUGCCCUGGCAGUGGUGGAGAGGCUGGUGGAAGUCACAUGUUACGGCUCGCAGAUGAGCCUAUAUGACCUAGAGACUGCUGUGCCUUCUGUGCUCAAGCCAGACCUCAUUGACGUCCAUGCACAGGCCCUUGCUGCCUUGCAGGCCUACUCUCAUUGGCUUGCACAGUUCUACAGUGAGGUCCACAGGCAGAACCAGAGCCGAUUCAUCAAUCUCAUCACAUCUGCAAUAGAUGCCACUAGCCCAUUAAUCACUGCUAAGGUACCAGAAAAGUUGCUGCUCUCUGCAUGCCAUCUCAUGGUUUCCAUGGCCUCUACAGUGCGACCUGUGUUUCUAGUCACCUUACCAGCUGUUGAGAACAUCUUCAAUCUCAUCACAGAGAAUCAGACACGCAGACUCCCGAAUGAAGCUCACAUGCUGAUAUGUAGGGCUUUAUCCAACAUGCUUCUGCUCCCAUGGCCCAACUUACCAGAGGGUGAGCAGCAAUGGCAAACACGUUCAAGCAGCCAUUCCAGUUUACUGGCGGCACUCACACGGGACUACCGUACCCUGAGGGGCACCGUCAACUUGCCCACAAGGCGCCCUGACCUAGAUGACAUGAAAACUGUGCUGCAGCAGACCCUGCCUGUGCUAAGAGACAUAGUGAACAGCAUCUCAGGAGAAUCAACUAAGUCACGGCAGAUCUGCUACCAGAGCAUUCAGGAGUCUGUCCAAGUAUCCCUCAGCCUUUUCCCAAUCUUCAUUCAGCAUCCAGAUGUGACGGAUGAAAUGUUGAGCUUCUUCUUGACUCUGUUUCAAGCCCUACGGGUGCAAAUGGGUGUUCCCUUCACAGGACAGAUAAUCCACACCUUCAUCAGCAUGUUCACCAGGGAGCAGUUGGCAGCCAGUAUCUUACAAGAGGGCAGCGCAGGCUGUCGAGUGGUACAGAAGUUCCUGAAAAUCCUGCAGGUGGUGGUGCAGGAGCCUGGUCAAGCUUUCAAACCCUUCCUACCCAGCAUCCUCUCUCUCUGCAUGGAACAAGUUUACCCCAUCGUGGCAGAGCGAUCAUCCCCAGACGUCAAGGCUGAGAUGUUUGAGCUACUCUACCAAGUACUUCACCAAAACUGGAGGUACUUCUUCAAAACGUCAGUCUUGGUCAGUGUUCAGAGAGGAGCCGCAGAAGACACCAUGGAAAACGAGGCGCAGUUCACAGCUGCCAUGCAGGCCUUUGGACAGUCUUUCCUGCAGCCAGACAUUCACAUCUUCAAGCAGAAUCUGUCCUACUUGGAGUGUCUUAACAGCAAGCACAAACUGUACCACAGAAAGCUGUUUCGCACCUCCAUGUUGUUCCACUUUAUCAAUGUGCUACUGCAAGUGCUUCUCCACAAAAGUCAUGACCUUCUCCAAGAGGAAAUCACCCUAGCUGUCUACAACAUGGCCUCUGUCGACUUUGAUGCCUUUUACUCAGUUUUCAUGCCCGAGUUCCUUAACGGCUGCCAGGGUGUAGACGCUAACCAGCGGGGUGUUCUUGCACGAAACUUCAAACUUGAACGGGACUUGCCAUCGUUCACUCAGAGCGUGCACAGACUGGUGAAUGACCUACGCUAUUACCGACUGUGUAAUAGUAGCCUGCCCUCAGGCACGAUCAAGCUAUAGCACACCGUCUGCUUGAACCACUCCACACAUCGACUAGGAUCUUAACAGAAUUACCUGUUCUGACCACUUUGCCCCACAUGCCUCCUGGCCCAUCAUCCAACCCAGCUCCACCUGUUCUAGGGAAUAGGAAGGAGCACCACAGAGGAUGAAUUGUCUGGUUGGGCGACUGAAGACUGAAGAUGCUGCUUAUGGUUCUCUUUGAUUUCUGCUGUAGAGGGUUGGCGUGUUUUUGUAUUUUUUAAUUUUAAGCGGAGCCUUCCUUCAUUUACCUGUUGCCAAUGAUGAUUUGGCAAGAAGGAUGAACCUGGUCUAAAAUGAGCUUUUUACUUAGACUUGGAGCCGUCUGAGCCAGGCUGCAUGUCCCAUGCCUCAGCAACAAGGCUGGGCUGAGCACUUUCCAACUCGGUUUGGGUGUUUAAAAAUGUUUGCUUUGAUUCAACUUGCCUUCAGUUUUUUUCAUCUCCAAAGGAGACAGACUCUCGAAUUAAUUUCUCUCAUAUCAUUCCAUUCUGAGACAGGAAAAAACCAUGCUUGAUUAAUAAAG